AUGUCUACUGCUUCUGAUGAUCGUAUCGUGGCUGUUGCUCGUUGGGUCUGCAAAGAGCACUAUGGUGUGGAUCAAUUGGUGACUAAAACUGUCGUCUUGAGAAACUACUUGGUAGCUUUAAUGGAAGUUGCUGGUGCCGAUGGAGUUUUGAGUGAGCCUGAACGUCAAUGGAUAAUAGGAUUGGCUACUAUUGUAGGAGCUCCGCAAGUGAUUUUAGACGAUCUUCAGAAUUAUUAA